GCACGCCAUCAACAGUACAUACAAGGCCAUCAUCCUGGCUGUGGACAAUGGGGUGCCGGAUAGCACCGGUACGGGGACGCUGCUGCUGCUCCUCCAGGAUGUGAAUGACAACGGGCCCACCCCAGAGCCACGGUCCUUUGAGAUCUGCAGCCGGCAGCCUGAGAAGCAGGUGCUGAGCAUUGUCGACAAGGACCUGCCCCCACAUACCUACCCCUUCACAGUAGCACUGGAGCAUGGUUCCAGCCAGAACUGGACUGUCAGUAUAAUAAGCCAAGAUGAGCUGGCCGUGGGCCUGAAAAAGGAGCUGGAGCCGGGCGAGUACAACAUCUUCAUGAAGCUGACGGACGGCCAGGGCAAGGCGCAGACAACACUGGUGAAAGCCCAGGUGUGUGAGUGUGAAUGGACAGCCGAGAACGAGCGGAGGUGCAUCGUCGGUGGGACCGGUACGACCGAGGCUCCAGACAAGCCCGAGCUGCUGAACGGUUCCCUCACCACCCACGUGCUGAACACAGCCACAGGGCUGCCCGCUGCCGGCCUCGCUCUGCGCCUGGCACAGCUGGGGGGGCCGGGAGGACAGUGGAUGGAGCUGGCACAGAGGAGGACAGAUGCAGAUGGGCGCUGUUUGCCCCUCCUGCCCCCUGGACAGGCUGAGGCUGGCACCUAUAAACUGCACUUCGAGACGGCGGCUUACUGGCAGGGCCUGGGGUACACCAGCUUCUACCCCUUCGUGGAGGUCGUCUUCACCAUCACUGACCCAGCCCAGAAGCUGCACGUCCCACUGCUGAUCAGCCCCUACUCCUACACAACGUACCGGGGCAGUUAGGGCAAGGCACAUCCUCACUCCAGUGCCACGGGGAAUCUGACUGAUACUAUUAAAGGACUCAAACAGCA